AUGUGCAAGCCGUCAAUAGCCUCUCUGGCUACAGAGAUAUCUCUCUUACAGAAUGGCCGCUGUCUCAGCUGCUGGGUCCGCAAUCCUGCGAUCGCCCAGCUACGCCUGAACUCUCUUUCUCGACGUCACUAUGCCAACAAGACCGAUACGCAAACCCCCAACACCCCAGAUGGCAACGUGACGAUCAAGCCAGCUGGCUCGAGAGCCCCAGCGAACAAAAACCUAUCGAGCCCCCUUCAAUUCCAGCAGAACCCGGCCGGGGAACAGUCGGCCCAGCCAGGUGAUGCGAAUUUCACUCCCCCGACAUUGGACCGUCCAAUUGGCUCGCCAUAUCCUCCCGAAGCAGGUCAGAACACAGGAAUUGAUACACGAUCGAUGCGCAAGCGGCGGGAUGACUUUGUCGACUACGACCGGCACAUUUCUCGCCGACAGGAACUGACGAAGCAAGUCGCGAAACCGUACUUCCGAGAAUGGUCCAACCUGCGCUACCACCAGGGCAAAACAUUCGUAUCGAAUUCGCGUCUAUUCAAGGGCGACCGAGCCCUGUAUUUCCCCAACAUGCACGGCGUGACGCUCGCGUCGCCGAAAGACCGCCAAGACACGACCACGCAGCUGCGCGGGAAGAUCUCCGUCGUGAACCUCUUCUCAAGCGUCUGGGCCGAGACACAAGUGGCGACAUUUACGGGACCGCAGCAAAAUCCGGGACUGGCGGAGAUUCUGGCGAGCAGUGGACAGCUCGCGCAGCGGGUCGAUAUCAAUCUGGAGGAGAACCGGAUGAAGGCCUGGCUGAUCAAGAGGUUCAUGUGGCAGAUGCGCGGCAAACUGCCUCUGGAGCAGCAUGCGCUGUAUUUCCUGGUGCAGAAGGGAUUCGAUGAAGGAUUGAAGGAGGCUAUUGGGAUGAUGAACUCCAGGGUCGGCUAUGUCUAUCUGCUCGAUGCGGACUGUCGCAUCCGCUGGGCUGGCAGUGGACCUUCAGAGCCAACGGAAUUGGAGUCUCUCAAUGCCGGUCUGCGGAAGCUGGUCGCUGAGAGGAAAGCUAGCGCCGAGUCGCAGUAG